CGGCACGAGGGCAAGAUGGGGUGGUUCGCGCGCCUGCCUUACAGACGGUCUUUCUCCGUGGGUCUCCAGCGUGCUACACCAACAUCGCUCGACCUGUCUGUCAAAUUUUCCAUCUGUAAACCCACAGUAGGAGCUAACACCUGCUCCAAACAAAGUUCAUUAAGUUUAUCUUACACAGAGAAAAGGAAACUCAACAACAUGUCAUACAGAAACCGCCGGUCUCGCUCCCGUUCUCGUUCUCGCUCGCGUGAUCGUCGACGCGAUAGUGAUGACUGGGGUGGUUCACGUGGUGGGUGGAGUGCUGCUGGUGGUGGACGACCGUCACUGAAGGGGAGGCAGCCAGGAGAGCGUCUACGGAAGCCGAGAUGGGACCUGUCCAGACUUACCCCCUUCGAGAAGAACUUCUAUCAACCCACACCGACCGUACUCAAUCGCCCAGCAUAUGAAAUUGAAAAAUAUAGGAAUGAAAAGGAAAUCACAUUACGUGGAAAGAAUAUCCCCAAUCCCAUCCAGUACUUUGGCGAUUAUAAUUUUCCGGAUUACGUUAUGGCUGAAAUACGAAGACAAGGGUAUGAACAGCCUACUCCAAUUCAGGGGCAAGGAUGGCCAAUCUCACUUCAGGGAAGGGACUUUGUUGGCAUUGCACAGACUGGUUCUGGUAAAACCUUAGGCUACAUUCUACCAGCAAUUGUUCACAUAAAUCAUCAGCCAUAUUUAGAACGAGGAGAUGGUCCAAUAGCUCUCAUCCUGGCUCCCACCAGAGAACUUGCACAGCAGAUCUUAACAGUUGCACAAGACUAUGGGGCCUCCUCAAAGAUCCGAUCCACAUGUGUAUUUGGAGGUGCACCAAAGGGACCACAGAUUCGUGAUCUGGAAAGAGGAGUUGAGAUUUGCAUAGCUACACCAGGACGUCUUAUUGACUUUCUUGAAGCAGGAAAAACAAAUCUCCGGCGUACUACGUAUUUGGUACUAGACGAGGCUGACCGCAUGCUGGACAUGGGUUUCGAGCCUCAAAUCCGAAAAAUAGUAGACCAGAUCCGGCCUGAUAGACAAACGCUCAUGUGGUCAGCAACAUGGCCGAAGGAGGUGAGGAAUUUAGCCGAGGACUUUUUAAAGGACUACAUACAGCUGAACGUUGGGUCAUUGUCCUUAGCUGCCAACCAUAAUAUCCUCCAGAUAGUUGAUGUGUGUCAGGAGAUAGAAAAGGAUAACAAACUCCGGCAGCUACUUGAAGAAAUCAUGGCUGAAAAGGAAAGCAAGAUCAUCGUGUUUGCUGAAACAAAAAGAAAAGUCGACGAUUUGACCAGGCGAAUGAGACGCGAAGGGUGGCCGGCAAUGUGUAUCCAUGGAGAUAAAUCUCAGCAGGAAAGAGACUGGGUUUUAAGUGAGUUCCGAUCUGGGAGGGCACCAAUCUUGGUUGCCACUGAUGUUGCUGCACGAGGGCUGGAUGUGGAUGAUGUGAAGUUCGUGAUCAACUACGACUACCCAUCAUGCUCUGAAGAUUAUGUACAUCGUAUCGGCCGAACGGGCAGAUCAGACAAGACGGGUACAGCAUACACAUUCUUCACAGCAGAUAACUGCAAGCAAGCAAAGGAUCUGAUAGAAGUGUUGAAAGAGGCCAAUCAGGUUGUUAACCCACGACUCUACGAGAUCAUGGACAUGUCACGAGGUGGUGGUGGCAAAGGGCGUAAUCGCUGGAGGGGGCGUGAUGAUGACAGGAGGGGAGGUUUUGGGCGCGAUCGUGAUCGUGGUCGUGUGGGUGGUGGUAGUGGUGGAAGGAACGGCUACAGCAAUGGAAACGGCUAUGGUACGUCUGAAGGGCUUGGAAGAUUUAACCAGUUUAGAGGCGGAGGCAAUAGCAAUGUUGUGCCCAAUGGGGUGGGUGCAGGCCAGGCCCGCCUGAAUGGGCCACCUCCACUCAUGGGGUCUGGUUCUGUGAAGGCCACAAUGGGCCAAGCAGCUUCCCAGAGCCAGUUGAAUGGCCCCCAGCGCUCCGUCCAGAACAUGGGAGCCAUGGCCAUGGGCAUGUUCAACCAGACUGCCUCCGUAGCUGGUACUGUUGGUGGCCUAGGCAUAAUGGGGGCCAUGCCUAGUGCACUGAACUGGCCGCGGCAGUGACCCCGUGGCUGCCCUAGUCAAGCUCCUGCCUCCUGCUCUCCAACUGGGGCCUUGCCAAGUGGCCGCCUCAACUCUUGCCUCGGCGACUCAUCAUCACCGUAACAAGUGUCAACCGAUCCUCUGAGUCUUCUUGUAACUCUGAACUGAUGAUGGGGCCUCACUUGGCAAGGUUUCUCAUCAUAGGUGUAUCUAAAAUAUUUCUUCUUGACCUUAGUAUAUUGUAUGCACAGAAUUGGAAUUUUCCCAUUCCAACAUGCUGAUGUAGUCUUUGAAAGUGAAUUUUUAAGAUGGCAUGGCAUGUUUGGCAAGUGAGGUGUUCUAUUCAGUAGUUAUCAGUAGUUAGUUUUUGAGUUUACUAUUGACGCUGUUGGUAUCUAUUACAGCUUACUGAAGCCCGGGCCGGAGGUGACCGCUUACCGCUGCACCAUCCCCUUUCUAGGAGAUUAGAGGUUGCGCACGUUACCACUAAGUACUUGACAGGCUUGGUUGUCAAGGGUAGGGAAAGUUCGGCUCACCCCAUCAUUACAGUGUGCGGACACCUGCGCCAUUCCUCCUUGUCUACGGGACUGCUGUCUGCUUAAGCCAACGACGUCAUUGUUAGUAAACCUCACUGUCCAAAAGCCGGUUGAGUUAGUCAUGUCAGCAUGUCGUUGAUUAUCAAAUAUUUUGUUUCCUUUUUUAACCAAAUAUUCCAUUGUAAUUUUAGGAAGUAUUUCCUAGUUUCUUUAUACUGUAUAGAGGAUAUUAUUUUUGAUUGUAUCAUUUAAAAAGAAAUUAUUUGUGUAUGGACCAAGAAACUUUGUAACCCUCUGAAUAAUUAAAUAAAAAGAAUAAUUGUAAAA